CUGCUAAUCUUUCAUCCAAACCAUGGUAUACAAAAGUAAGCACUGUUGAAUACAAAAGUACUUUGUAACCUAUACUUUGACGGUUAUGGCAAUUCUCUACCUGUAUAGGUGUUAAAACCAUGGAGGUUUAGUCAAUGUUCAAAUGGACCAUGAAGCUAAGCUUAUUCCAUUCCCUCCAAAACCCUUGUCUUCCCCAACGACUUUACCUGCCCCUUAAACCUAAAACCCUCCCAACCCAAUUUCUAAACUCUGCCAAACACAUCCAAACUUUAGCUCAAUUCUCCAUACACCCACAAACCACCCCUAUCCAAAGCUCACUCGAAACCCACAAUUCUAUCUCCUUCUCUAAGCUAUUGUCGCAAUGCGCUGCUUCCAAAUCUGUGCGUGUGGGCAUGGAAGUCCAUGCCCACUUAAUCAGAUUCGGGUUGUCCCAAGACUCGAGCUUUCGGAACCAUUUGAUCAAUUUCUACGCAAAAAGCAGGUUUUUUGGGCAUGCCCGGAAGCUGAUCGACGAAAGUCCUGAACCAGAUUUGGUUGCUUGGUCUGCUUUGAUUUCUGGGUAUGCCCAGAAUGGGCUUGGUAUAGAAGCCAUUUCAUCUUUUCAUGAGAUGCAUGGAUUGGGGGUUAAGUGUAAUGAGUUUACAUUUCCUAGUGUGCUCAAGGCUUGCUCUAGUUCUAAAGAUUUGCGGCUGGGAAAGCAGGUUCAUGGGGUGGUGUUGGUUACCGGGUUUGAGUCCGAUGAGUUUGUUGCGAAUACUUUGGUUGUUAUGUAUUCGAAAUGUGGGGAGUUUGGGGAUUCCAGGAGGCUGUUUGAUGCAAUUCCGGAGAGGAAUGUUGUUUCGUGGAAUGCGUUGUUUUCGUGUUAUGUGCAGAGUGAUUUCUUUGGGGAGGCAAUGGAUUUGUUUGAGGAGAUGGUUGUGAGUGGAAUAAGGCCUAAUGAGUAUAGUCUGUCUAGUAUAAUAAAUGCUUGUACUGGGUUGGGGGAUGGUAGAAGAGGAAGGAAAAUUCAUGGAUAUAUAGUUAAGCUUGGGUAUGAUUCUGAUUCUUUCUCAGCCAAUGCGCUUGUUCACAUGUAUGCAAAAGCCAAAGGUCUUGAAGAUGCAAUUUCAGUUUUUGAUAAAAUUGCACAACCAGAUAUUGUAUCCUGGAAUGCUGUUAUUGCUGGUUGUGUUCUUCACAACUGCCAUGGUCGGGCGCUCAAAUUGUUCAGGCAACUGAGAGGGUCAGGAAUCCGUCCUAAUAUGUUUACAUUAUCAAGUGCGCUUAAAGCUUGUGCUGGGAUGGGUUUCGAGAAAUUGGGUAGGCAGUUGCACUCUUUCUUGAUAAGGAUGGAUACAGAAUCAGAUUCAUAUGUCAAAGUUGGACUGAUAGAUAUGUAUUGCAAGUGUGAGAUGAUGACUGAUGCAAGGGUGCUUUUUAAUAUGAUGCCAAAGAAAGACAUGAUUGCAUGGAACGCUGUUAUCUCUGGUCAUUCACAGAUGGCUGAAGACAGAGAAGCUGUAACCCUCUUUCCUGAAAUGCAUAGGGAAGGAAUAGGAUUCAAUGAGACUACUUUGUCUACAGUCCUCAAAUCCACCGCGAGCUUGCAGGCAGUAAAAGUUUGUGAACAAGUUCACGCUCUUUCAAUCAAAAUAGGUUUUCAGUCUGACAUGUAUGUUAUAAAUAGCCUUCUUGAUACAUAUGGAAAAUGUAGCCAAGUAGAAAAUGCAGUAAGAAUUUUUGAAGAAUGCAAAACUGAAGAUUUGGUGGCUUUCACAUCAAUGAUCACUGCCUAUGCUCAAUAUGAACAAGGCGAAGAAGCUCUUAAACUCUAUGUGCAAAUGCUAAUGAAGGGGAACAAGCCUGAUUCAUUUGUAUGCAGUUCUCUUCUGAAUGCUUGUGCAAAUUUGUCGGCAUAUGAGCAAGGGAAGCAGAUUCAUGUUCAUAUUCUGAAGUUUGGAUUUUUGUCUGAUGCUUUUGCCGGAAAUUCCCUUGUUAAUAUGUAUGCAAAAUGUGGAGGCAUAGAUGAUGCAGGUCGUGCUUUCUCUGAGGUACCUGAGAGAGGAAUAGUUUCAUGGUCUGCAAUGAUUGGUGGACUUGCUCAACACGGACAUGGAAAAGAGGCCCUCAAUAUGUUCAAUCAAAUGCUCAGAGAUGGUAUUUGCCCCAAUCAUAUUACUUUAGUGAGUGUCCUCUGUGCAUGCAAUCAUGCAGGUUUGGUAACUGAAGCCAGAAAAUAUUUUGAGUCAAUGAAAGAGUUGUUUGGAGUUGUGCCAAGGGAGGAGCAUUUUGCCUGCAUGAUUGAUCUUCUUGGCAGAGCAGGAAAGAUAAGCGAGGCAAUGGAGCUUGUCAACACAAUGCCAUUUCAAGCAAACGCUUCAGUUUGGGGGUCCCUUCUUGGUGCUGCAAGAAUCCAUAAAAAUGUUGAGCUUGGUGAACGUGCUGCUGAUAUGCUCUUAGUUCUGGAGCCUGAGAAAUCCGGUACCCAUGUACUUCUUGCAAACAUUUAUGCAGCAGCUGGCAUGUGGGACAAGGUAGCAAAAAUGAGAAGACUUAUGAAAAAUAACCAGGUAAAGAAGGAACCUGGCAUGAGUUGGAUUGAGGUCCAAGACAAGGUACACACCUUUAUUGUAGGAGAUAGAAGUCAUUCAAGAAGCACGGAGAUAUAUGCAAAACUUGAUGAGCUGCUUGACCUUGUGCAUAAAGCUGGCUAUGUUCCAAUGGUGGAGAUUGACCUCCAUGAUGUGGAACCAAGCGAGAAGGAGCGACUUCUGCGAUACCACAGUGAGAAGCUUGCAGUGGCUUUCGCAUUGAUUGUCACUCCGCCUGGAGCUCCCAUUAGAGUGAAGAAGAAUUUAAGAGUAUGUGUAGAUUGCCAUACUGCAUUCAAGUUCAUCUGUAAAAUUGUCUCGAGGGAGAUAAUCGUGAGGGACAUCAAUAGAUUCCAUCAUUUCAAAGAUGGCUCAUGCUCUUGUGGGGAUUACUGGUGAUUUAUACUGGAGAAGAGAACAAUGGAGUCUUUUGCCUCAAACAUAGCACAGAUAGUCUUCGAAAAGCUAGCUUCCCGUGCUUACGAAGAAAUUCACAUCGCAUUGAGUGUCAAAGUUGAGCUGAACAAGCUUGAGGAGACUUUAUCAAGCAUCACUUUACUGCUCCUGGAUGCGGAGGAAAAGCAGAUGAACAACCGCGUACUCACUGAGUGGUUGGGAAAGCUCAAAGAUGUUUGCUACGAUAUUGAUGAUGAGCUCGAUGACUUUGCAUUCAAACAGUUGCGGAUGCAAGUGCUUAUCCGUGGAAGCGUGGCCGGAAAGGUAUGCCAUCUUUUUUCACGUUGGAAUUCACUCGUGUUUCCAAUCUAUACUGGUCAUAAAAUCAAACAGAUUAGAGCAAGAUUGAAUGAAAUUGCAGCUGCCAAAGAUCAGUUUCAUCUUAAAGAAAGAGCCGGAGAGUGGCAUGGUCUGCACAUGAACAGGGAGACCUAUUCUUUUGUGCAAUUGUCGGAUGUUAUUGGGAGAGAUAAUGAUAAAGAACAUAUUAUCAUUCAUCUCUUGAAGGACACUGACCAUGCAGAUCAAAAUGUUUCUGUUAUUUCUAUUGCUGGAUUAGGAGGUCUGGGAAAGACUACACUCGCUAAAUUGGUGUAUAAUGAUUCCGCGGUGGUGAGAAACUUUGACUUGAGGAUGUGGGUGUGUGUUUCUUAUGAUUUUGAUAAUAAGUCAUUGGUGCGUAAAAUUAUUGGUUCUGCAACUAACCAAAAAUGUGAAGAGGAUAGUUUUGAAAAUCUGGCUAUUAAGUUGCAAAAUGAACUGAAAGACACAAAAUUUUUGUUAGUGUUAGUCUGUUAGAUGAUGUUUGGGAUAAGGAGCCGAUGGGGAUAUCAAUUACGAAGUGGAUUGAAUUGAAAGCUUUACUAAAUAUUGGUGCUCGGGGUAGUAAAAUCAUUGUAACAACACGCAAUAUGUCCGUUGUUUCGCUUUUGGGAUCCGUGGAUUACCAGCACCCUUUAGAAGGUCUUUCUCACGAGGAUUGUAUGUCUUUGUUUGUAGAAAGGGCAUUUAGGAAAGAAGAAGAAAAAAACUUUCCUCACUUGAUGGAAGUUGCAAACAAUAUUGUGAAGAAGUGUGGAGGGGUUCCUCUGGCUGUGACCAUUCUAGGGGGCAUGCUCUAUUUGAAAAAGGGAACUACGUGACUGGUUCCAUGUAAGAGAUAAUGAUAUAUGGAACUUAGAGCAAAGAGAAGACGGUAUUCUACCUGCAUUGAAACUAAGCUAUGAUGCACUACCACUCUACUUAAAACCUUGUUUUGCCUUUUGCUCACUUUUCCCUAGGGAUUAUGAAUUUGACAGCGUCGAGAUCAUCACAAUGUGGAUGGCACAAGGCUUCCUUCACUCCUCUACCAGAAAUGAACAAGAUUUUGAAGAGAUUGGCCUAGAUUACAUGAGGCAGCUAUGUUCUAGAUCUUUCUUUCACAUUGAAGAAGAUGAUUUCUUUUGUAUGAGGUUUAAGAUGCAUGAUUUAAUUCAUGAUUUAGCCAUCUUGGUGGCACAGGUAGAGUACUUAUCUGUCAAUUUUCAUCAAUCUGGUUCUUUUGAUAGGGUCCGGCACCUGUCAAUAUAUACAAAGGACUUGUCUGACAAUGAGGAAGUCCCUGAUUUCAUACUCCAGUUAGGCAAGGUGAGAACCAUUCUCAUCCCAGAAGAGAAGGUUGGCAUCACUGGUCGAUCUUUCAUAAAAAAAUGCAUUUCCAGAUUCAAAUAUUUGCGGUUGCUAAAUCUGCGUAGCUCAACUUUCGACGAGUUGCCAAGUUCCAUUGGUAACUUGAGUCACUUGAGAUAUGUGGACCUAUCAUACAAUUGCCACAUAAAAAGGGUUCCUGAUUGCAUUUGCAAGCUGCAGCAUCUACAAACCUUAUUGCUUUCACAUUGUGAGGAGCUUGAGAAGUUUCCCAAGGACAUAGGGAACCUGAUUAGCCUCAGGUACUUGGCACUAACUACAAAGAAAACUUGUUUGCCAACAGGAAUCGAUCGUCUCACUUCUCUUCGCAUUUUACAUGUUGUUGCAUGCCGAAACCUUCUUUCUUUGGAAGGGUUGCCCCGCCUCACUCACCUCAAAAUGUUCAUUAUUGAGGAAUGUCCAGUUCUGAGGUCUUUGCCGCAUAACAUGAAAUAUUCAACUGCAUUAGAGACUUUAAUCAUCUCUGACUGUGAGAAACUUGAUCUGUUGAGUCUUGAAGAAUGCGUUCGAGGUCUAAGAUCAUUCUGGAUCUUGAAAUCAAAGUUGAAGAACUUUCCCCUUUGGCUUAAAGAGUGUGCAAGUACUCUACAAAACAUAUGUAUUGCAAACUGUCAGAAUCUCAUUGCACUUCCGGAGUGGCUGCAAAGCUUCAAGUUGCUUGAAAAGCUAGUGAUUGAAAACUGCCCCCAAGUGCCAGCUUUGCCAGAGGGGAUGCAUUGCCUCACAACAUUGAGAGAAUUGAAGAUCAGUGGGUGUCCUCGAUUGAUGGAAAGAUGCAACAGGCACGGAGGUAUAGAUUGGUUCAAAAUUGCUCAUGUCACAAAGAUAAUGAUUGGAGGUGUCAACAACAACACCUUCGGUGGAUUGUAGCUCAAGUUCCCCUCCCAUUCCCCUUCCCCUUCCCCCUCCCCCUCCCCUUCCCCUCCCCCUUCUCCUUCCGCUUGGGACUACUUAUGUCCCCUCCCCUUCCCUUUCCUCUAGAUCUUCCGCUUGGGACUACUUCUUUUCGGUCCCCCGUUCCUUUUCGGUCGAUGCUUCCCAUCACGAAGAUAACACUACUCAUUCAUCUACAACAUCUGCUGAUGGUUAGGGAUGGUAAAUACAGAUGGCCAGCUCUUUCAGCGAUACAGGUACGAGGGCUUUGGAGGUAUAUUCAGGGAUUCAGAAGGCUUGUUCAGAGGAGCUUUUGCACACAAUGUAAUAGUCCCUGCCAUACAUGCUGACAUUUUAGCCGUUAUUGGUAGGGCUUACAUUUGGCUUGGAACUGAUUUCGUACUUGUGUUACAUCCAAGUCACCUCAUUUAAUUCCUUGGAGGUUGAUGGCGGCUUGGUUUAACUGUUUCCACUAUGUUCUUUCAAAUCCAUUUUCGUGUCUCUCAUAUAUGCAAGGAAGGAGAUUCCUUGGUGGACAAGCUUGCUAACUAUGUUGCUACAAAUGAAGGUUCUACAUGGUGGCUUUCUUUGCUUAAUUUUCUUGUGGGUCUCUAUGGACGUGACUUAUAUUCUAUCACUCUAUACAGAUUUUUUUAGUGUUUUAUUUGGUUUUUCUUAUGGUAUUUCAUUUUGAUUGUAUUGGAAGAUCCUAUACUUCAAACCAUUUGAGUUGUAUUGUCUAGUUUUUUGUAUUUCCAUUGGCAUGUCCUAGGUUAUAUAUGUAUCUUUUCUUUAUCAAGGUACUGACCUAGUUCUCCCUAUCAUCUGUAAUACUGUAUUCCAUAUUUGAUUAUUAAUAAAUUCAAGAAACAGCAAUGAUUUGAGAGAUAGAUUAGCUCCAU